CCCUCCAUAUCAUGUGAUUCAGGUGUUCCAAUCCCCUCCAUAUCAUGUGAUUCAGGUGUUCCAAUCCCCUCCAAUCAUGUGAUUCAGGUGCUCCAAUCCCCUCUAUAUCAUGUGAUUCAGGUGUUCCAAUCCCCUCCAUAUCAUGUGAUUCAGGUGUUCCAAUCCCCUCUAUAUCAUGUGAUUCAGGUGUUCCAAUCCCCUCCCAAUCAUGUGAUUCAGGUGCUCCAAUCCCCUCUAUAUCAUGUGAUUCAGGUGUUCCAAUCCCCUCCAUAUCAUGUGAUUCAGGUGUUCCAAUCCCCUCCAUAUCAUGUGAUUCAGGUGUUCCAAUCCCCUCCAAAUCAUGUGAUUCAGGUGUUCCAAUCCCCUCCAUAUCAUGUGAUUCAGGUGUUCCCAUCGCCUCCAUAUCAUGUGAUUCAGGUGCUCCAAUCCCCUCCAUAUCAUGUGAUUCAGGUGUUCCAAUCCCUCCAUAUCAUGUGAUUCAGGUGUUCCAAUC